GGGAUCGCGAGUGGACCCUGGAGAGCCGUUAGCGGGCUGAGAAGGGCUGGGCAUCACCGCAUACCAUACAUAGGUGGAGGGCUUGUUAUUCUGUUUCCCGCCUACGAGAGGAUACCCCUAUUGUUUCUGAAAAUGCUGACCAGGACCCACACUUCCAACAGAAAUUCCUUUACCCCUCCAAGAGCAGCAAAAGCGGCAGAAGCACCAGCCACAGAUAAGUGUUUUUGAUGAAUUGCAAGAUGGAAAGGGUUUGCAGUGCUCCCAGCCUCGCUGAUACCGAAUGCCUUUAAGAUACAGCCUUUCCCAUCCUAAUCUACAAAGGAAACAGGAAAAAGGAACUUAAAACUCCCUGUGCUCAGACAGAAAUGAGACUGUUACAGCCUGCUUCUGUGCUGUUCCUUCUUGCCUCUGACUUGUAAACAAGACCUAGUAGAACAUGAGAAUGGAAAGUCACAAACCUCUGGGUGUCUGAAAGGAUCCUUGGGACCUCAUGCACAUCUGCGGAAACUGGAUGGAGAGAUUUGGGGAAGUAUGGACUCUUUAGCCGGCUUAGUUCUCUACGGAGUCAGCUUGCUCCUUUCUGGAACAGUGAACGGUGCCAUGGACUUGAUCUUGAUCAAUUCCCUACCUCUUGUGUCUGACGCUGAAACAUCCCUCACCUGUAUUGCCUCCGGGUGGCGCCCCAAUGAGCCCAUCACCAUAGGAAGAGACUUUGAAGCCUUAAUGAACCAGCACCAGGAUCCACUGGAAGUUACUCAAGAUGUGACCAGAGAAUGGGCUAAAAAAGUUGUUUGGAAGAGAGAAAAGGCUAGUAAAAUCAAUGGUGCUUAUUUCUGUGAAGGGCGAGUUCGAGGAGAGGCAAUAAGGAUACGGACCAUGAAGAUGCGCCAACAAGCUUCCUUCCUACCAGCUACCUUAACUAUGACUGUGGACAGGGGAGAUAAUGUGAACAUAUCUUUCAAAAAGGUGUUGAUUAAAGAAGAAGAUGCCGUGAUUUACAAAAAUGGUUCUUUUAUCCACUCGGUGCCCCGGCACGAAGUACCUGAUAUUUUAGAAGUGCAUCUGCCUCAUGCUCAGCCUCAGGAUGCUGGCGUGUACUCGGCCAGGUACAUAGGAGGGAACCUCUUCACCUCGGCCUUCACCAGGCUCAUAGUCCGCAGAUGUGAAGCUCAAAAGUGGGGACCUGAGUGUAACGGUGUCUGUACUACUUGUAUGAACAAUGGUGUCUGCCAUGAAGAUACUGGAGAAUGCAUUUGCCCGCCUGGGUUUAUGGGGAGAACAUGUGAAAAGGCUUGUGAACUGCACGCAUUUGGCAGAACUUGUAAAGAAAGGUGCAGUGGACCAGAGGGAUGCAAGUCCUACGUGUUCUGCCUCCCAGACCCCUAUGGAUGUUCCUGUGCCACAGGCUGGGAGGGUCUGCAGUGCAAUGAAGCAUGCCAGCCUGGCUAUUAUGGGCCAGACUGUAAGCUGAGGUGUAUGUGCACCAAUGGGGAGACGUGUGAUCGGUUCCAGGGAUGCCUCUGCUCUCCAAGACGCCAAGGGCUCCAGUGUGAGAAAGAAGGCGAGCCAAGGAUGACCCCAAAGAUAGAGGAUUUGCCAGAUCACAUAGAAGUAAACAGUGGUAAAUUUAACCCUAUCUGCAAAGCGUCUGGCAGACCACUACCUGCUAAUGAAGAAAUGACUCUGGUGAAGCCGGAUGGGACAGUGCUCCAUCCAAAAGACUUUAACCGUACGGAUCGUCUCUCAGUGGCUACCUUUACCAUCCACCGGAUCCUACCUCCUGACUCAGGAGUCUGGGUCUGCAGUGUGAACACGGUGGCCGGGAUGGUGGAAGAACCUUUCAACAUUUCUGUUAAAGUUCUUCCCAAGCCCCUGAAUGCCCCAAACGUGAUUGACACUGGACAUAACUUUGCUGUCAUCAACAUCAGCUCUGAGCCUUACUUUGGGGAUGGACCAAUCAAAUCCAAGAAGCUUCUGUACAAACCUGUUAAUCACUAUGAGGCGUGGCGGCAUAUCCAAGUGACAAAUGAGAUUGUUACACUCAACUAUUUGGAACCUCGCACAGAAUAUGAACUCUGCGUGCAGCUGGUCCGGCGUGGAGAGGGCGGGGAAGGGCACCCUGGACCCGUGAGACGGUUCACAACAGCUUCUAUCGGUCUGCCUCCUCCAAGAGGUCUCAAUCUCCUACCAAAAAGCCAGACCACUCUAAAUUUGACCUGGCAACCGAUAUUUCCAAGCUCAGAAGAUGACUUUUACGUUGAAGUUGAGAGGAGGUCUGUGCAAAUGAAUAGUGAUCAGCAGAAUAUUAAAGUGCCAGGCAACUUGACAUCAGUGCUACUGAACAACUUACACCCAAGAGAGCAGUACAUAGUUCGAGCCAGAGUCAACACCAAGGCGCAGGGGGAAUGGAGUGAAGACCUCACCGCGUGGACCCUUAGUGACAUUCUCCCUCCUCAACCCGAAAACAUCAAGAUUUUCAACAUCACAGAUUCCUCAGCUGUGAUCUCUUGGACGAUCUUGGACGGUUAUUCCAUUUCUUCUAUUAUCAUCCGUUACAAGGUUCAGGGCAAGAGUGAAGACCAGCACAUUGAUGUGAAAAUCAAGAAUGUCACCAUCACCCAGUAUCAGCUCAAGGGCCUGGAGCCCCAAACAAUGUACCAGGUGGAAAUUUUUGCAGAGAACAACAUAGGGUCAAGCAACCCAGCUUUUUCUCAUGAACUGAUGACUCUCUCCGAGUCUCAAGCACCGGCCGAGCUCGGAGGCGGGAAGAUGCUGCUUAUAGCCAUCCUUGGCUCUGCGGGGAUGACCUGCCUGACGGUGCUGUUGGCCUUUCUGAUCAUGCUGCAGCUGAAGAGAGCAAACGUCCAGAGGAGGAUGGCCCAGGCCUUCCAAAACGUGAGGGAAGAACCAGCUGUGCAGUUCAACUCAGGAACUCUGGCCCUGAACAGGAAGGCCAAAAACAACCCAGAUCCUACAAUUUAUCCAGUGCUCGACUGGAAUGACAUCAAAUUUCAAGAUGUGAUUGGGGAAGGGAAUUUUGGCCAGGUUCUAAAGGCGCGCAUCAAGAAGGAUGGAUUACGGAUGGACGCUGCCAUCAAAAGGAUGAAAGAAUACGCCUCCAAAGACGACCACAGGGACUUUGCGGGGGAGCUGGAGGUUCUCUGCAAACUCGGACACCACCCAAACAUCAUCAAUCUCUUGGGAGCCUGUGAACAUCGUGGCUACCUGUACCUGGCCAUCGAGUAUGCGCCGCACGGGAACCUGCUGGACUUCCUACGCAAAAGCCGAGUGCUGGAGACCGACCCGGCCUUCGCCAUCGCCAACAGCACCGCCUCCACGCUGUCCUCCCAGCAGCUGCUUCACUUUGCGGCAGAUGUGGCCCGGGGUAUGGACUACUUGAGCCAGAAACAGUUUAUCCACAGGGAUCUGGCUGCCAGGAACAUUUUAGUUGGUGAAAACUACGUAGCCAAGAUAGCAGAUUUUGGAUUGUCCCGAGGUCAAGAAGUUUAUGUGAAAAAGACAAUGGGAAGGCUCCCUGUGCGCUGGAUGGCAAUCGAGUCACUAAAUUACAGCGUAUACACAACCAACAGUGACGUAUGGUCUUAUGGAGUGUUACUCUGGGAGAUUGUCAGUUUAGGUGGCACCCCCUACUGCGGGAUGACAUGUGCAGAACUCUAUGAGAAGCUGCCGCAGGGCUACAGACUGGAGAAGCCCCUAAACUGUGAUGAUGAGGUGUAUGACCUAAUGAGACAGUGCUGGCGGGAGAAGCCUUACGAGAGGCCCUCGUUUGCCCAGAUACUGGUGUCCUUAAACAGGAUGUUAGAAGAACGGAAGACCUACGUGAAUACCACGCUUUAUGAAAAGUUUACCUAUGCGGGGAUUGACUGCUCUGCUGAAGAAGCAGCCUAAGACAGACCAUCUUCAUCUGUAUAUUCUGUUUCCCCUUCACUGUCACGAGACACCCUUGAUACCUUGGUGCCAAGCAAGCCUCUGCCAAGAGAAGUGACAUGGAAUAUAGACGUGUAUAUAUAUCGCUGUAUGUCUGGGACUUUCACCACAAACCCCCCGUGUGUGUGAAUCUGUAGCACACUGUGACUCAUGGAACUGUAUAUACUGUUUGGAGUAAGAAUGUACUGAAAUCAGAAUGCCUGUUUGUGGUUUCAUAUGCAAUAAUAUAUUUUUCUAAAUAUGUGGAUUUUAUAGGAAAGUGUGAGUACUAUUACUAUAAUGCAUAACUCAUUAUUGUCCUAGGUAUUUUUGAUAUUUACCUUUAUAUUGAAUGCUACAAAAUGUUUUGCUGUGUAGAAGUAAAAUCCUGUUAACAACUUAACACUGAUCCUGAUAACACAGGUAAGAAAAGUGGGGAAAUGCAUGAGUUCUAACAGGACAUGGGUUACAACUUUAAACCGUCUUCCAACUGUUAUCAAGAGACUGAAAAAUGCACGUAAUGGAAAAGAGUCUUCUCUCUCUCAAUUUUCUCUCUCACUUGUAGAAGCCAUUGAAUUUCAUUGGAUCAUUUGACAACUUUGUCAUGUGUUUCCAGAGCCCACCAGUCAGUCCCGAAUGUUAACAUCUAAAGAUAGACUUAAUUAAAUCUCAUUCCUUAGAUGCCUAAGACCUUUUCUGUGUAUAAAUAAGUUUAAAAAAUAAAUUAAUGGUAUUUGGUUUUAGUUUUUCUGGUAACAUUGAUUUGUGUGUUUUAAGAAAUUAAAAUAGGAAGCCCGGAGUUAGAUUUGGGAGACGUGACAUUUAUCAUAUCAAAUUAACAUUCUUACAGGUUUUGUACAGCAUAAAAACUUUUCGUUUUGAUCAGUUGUAAGUUUACUAUUUAUCCUCUGGGCACAUGUUACACUGAGAUCAUAUAGUAAGUGAAUAAAUGUCUUGCCUACCCACCUGUUGUCCAGGAAUGUGUUUCAUAGGUAUUCCCAAAUGUCUUCAUUAUGCUUUAAAGAAAAACACCUUAAAUUAUCAUCAUUGUCUGACUUGUGUAAUAUCCAUGUAGAGCAGUUGGUGGGUAUACUCCACUAGGCAUGGUACAUCAAGCUCACAAGAUUGGAAAUGUCUUCUAGAAGUGUUCUACUUUUUAGUCCAUUUUCUGUACUGCACGAGGGCACUACAUUGUUGCUGGUGUUCCAGUGUGAACUGAGGGCUUAGAAUUGGAAUCCCUUUUAAUUGUGUUACGAUAUUAAAUAGUGAACAUACCACAUAAACUUCAUAUUCCUGCCAUCUAAUAAACCUUAUAUAUUCAGAAACGAUGACCAGGAAACUAAAUUUAUCCCAAAAGCUCUUCAUUCGCAACAAUAUGUUUAAGUGGAGACAGAACAAAAAAGCAAGACUGCUGCUGGUAUACCACUUAGGUAAUCAAGUAAGUGAAAACUUGACUGAAGAGCCAUUAAAGAUAGGUCCAAAUGCAGUUACCCUUGAACAAUAUGGGGAGGGGGCAGUUAGGGGUGUGAACCCCCUGCUCAGUCAAAAAUCCACAUAUAAUUUUAGAC